GGUAUGUAUAUCCACCGCACAUUUUAUGACACUUGUGCAGUUUAUGGGUACGGCUUUUUGAAAGGUUUUCUUCCAUAAAAUUAAUCGAUUCUAGACUAAUUUGACUCAAACAUUUCCAAAACAAGUAUAAUUUGUUGGAAAUGAUCGAUAUAAAAUAUGUUAUAAACAAAAAAUUGUCUGAAUACCAAGUAUAACCAGUUAGAAAACGCCAUUGCUUUAAGCUUGUUUUCGUCGCGGAGCGGCACAUCGGCGUGACGUCACAUUUGUCGGUGCAAUUCGGUCACCCGACUACUCAUCUGACUCGUUUUCUGAUAACUUAUUCUUUUUGCGAAGAAUUCGCUGAACUUUGGAGACGUCGCGUGAUAGAUCGUAAUAUACUAUUGUAUUUUUAUUGUAAUUAGAAACGACUUAUUAUUGACUAUAUGAAGUAACAAAGGAUUUUCAGAAGUAAUUAAUAGCAUUGUAAUUAUAGAGACCCUCAAGCCGAUUAACCUUAAUCUGGUUUGUAUGCCAUUCUAAGAUCGUUGAUCUGACAUCCCCACUUCUUCAAAAGAUCUGUAAUUAAUAGCAAAUAUCGGCAUUAAUCCUCUUUUUCGUAAUAAAACAUAUCUCGCUGAGUUUCUUGGUGUUCUCCAUUUAAGAGUUCUUGGCGUUCUUCUGUCGUCAGAUGUGUCAGGUUCCAUUAUGACCUCUCCAAGGUUCUUUAUUUCGCGGAAGUGAUUUUUGUUACUCCUUUAGUUGCUUGAGUCUUGAAGAUUGAACUGCUCCCUACUGUAGAUUUGUUCAAGCCAUACUGCCCAGCAACAUCAGACAUCUUAUGCCCACUCUCUAACUUUGCUAUUUUAUCUUUUGAAAAUAAAACUCGACGCAAAACUUGAUGAGUGCCUGCUCGACAGUCUCACGAAUACUAUAAAAGAAUUGUUUCUGUCAGAAAAAUAAAAGACUGCAAUUACAAGCGAGAGUUUCAAAAUUCAGUGGAAUACUAUCUGAUCAGUAUAUUCCGGGUUGAGCAUUGAUGUUGAUGUCUCCAGUGCUCCGAAAAGUUUCGAAUUGUUGCCUGAAGACAAGGAAAAAUCAGUCAGUAUUUGCUAUUUUUGUUGCUUCUUUUUAUGUUUGUUCAGUGAAGUAUUCGUUAUCCAAACAUGUGUUCGUUGUCCGAUCGUAAAAAUCUUUCGUGAAAGUGUUUGUUAUCCGAUUUGUUCAUUAAAUUAACCGAUCACUCACUGUAUUAGUCAGAUGCAACAAGAGAUGUAUAAUGUCUUGAUGUAAAUAAAUAUAAUUCAAUUUUGUUUAAGACAUGAAAGAGAUUAGGCCAUUUAAAAGCAGAGCAGAAUUAUUAGUUAUAUAUUGCAUUAUCAUAUGUUAUUAUAUGUUAAUUUUAAUCCACAUUUAAAAUGGAAUGAUGUCUCCAAAGUUCAGCGAAUUCUUUGCAAAAAGAGUAAAUUAUCAGGAAACACGUCUGAGAUGAGUAGUCAUGUGACCGAAUAGCCACAUGCUUCGUGCUUCAUAUGUAUCGACCGUCUGAUGUGCGGCUCCGCGACGAAAACAAGCUUAAGCAAUGGUGUCUUCAAACGGCGUACACUUGACAAGAAGCGUUAAAAUGGAAUGGAUGGGGAUACAAAAACUGUGGUGUGCGUUUAGAAGAAGGUGGAAAAUAUGGCAUGUUUAAAGGAGACAAAUAUCACUUCAGUAAUAAAAUAUUUCCUAAUUUUCCAAAAUGGAUGAAAGAAGUGUUAAAUGUUGACUUUGAUAAAUGUGAAAACGGCCAGGAAUUAAGUUUCGAAGAUAUUCCUCCUCCUAUAAUCAAUGAAGAAUUUAUGAAUGAUUUGCUUUCAACUAACAUUUCUUACAGUUUAAAUGGAAAUGACAGACACUUUCGUUGUCAUGGUCAUACAUUGGAAGAAGUGUAUAAAUUACACAGAGGAUAUUUUGAAAGAAUUCCCGAUAUUGUCGUAUGGCCUGAUAAUCACAAUGAAGUUGUGCAAAUUGUAAAAAUGGCCUGUCGUCACAAUGCAGUUAUUAUACCUUUUGGAGGAGGAACAAAUGUAACUAAAGCAUUGGAAUGUCCUGAAACGGAACAACGCAUGAUAAUAUCUUUAGAUACAUCUCAAAUGAAUCGAAUAUUAUGGAUUGACAAAGAAAAUCUACUAGCCCGUGUAGAAGUUGGUAUUAUAGGUCAAGACAUUGAGCAUGAACUAUCAAAACAUGGAUUAUGUUUGGGACACGAACCAGAUUCCUACGAGUUUAGUUCAUUAGGUGGAUGGAUUGCAACUAGAGCCUCUGGAAUGAAAAGAAGUCUUUAUGGAAAUAUUGAAGAUAUGGUUCAGCACAUUACAAUGGUUACACCUAAGGGUGUAGUGAAGAAAAAUUGUCAGGUUCCCAGAAUGUCCACAGGACCAGAUAUACAUCAGUUUAUUUUGGGAUCAGAAGGCAUUCUUGGUGUAGUGACAGAGGCAACAUUAAAAGUGAGACCUGCUCCCGAAUGUGUUAAAUAUGGUUCAAUUGUAUUUCCUUCCUUUGGACCAGGAGUUUCUUUUCUUAAGGAAGUUGCACAAAAAAAAUUAUUACCUGCAUCUCUUCGACUGAUUGACAAUGAACAAUUUCAAUUUGGUAAGUUUUUAAAAUUCUUUUAAUUUAUAAGAUUUGAUAGUUAAAUGCCAACCAUGUAUAUUCAAAGGGAAUUUUGCCAUUUUAACAUUUUACCAGUGAAAUAGAUCCAUGAAGCUAAAGAGGCCUAAGCCCUCCCAC